AAAAUCCUAGCCCUACGAUAUGCACGUUCAUCUCACGCAUCUUCGAACGAGUGAACUUUCUCAUCCACUCUUCCCAGUUCUGCAAGUCCCUCAUUCAUUCUUUGUUCUGUUCUUGCUCACUUCUCGACUUUCAAUGAUUCUUCAUCCCACAAUUGACUAUCAGUUGGAGAAAGAGGUUGGGGGAAAACGGAAGAGAAACUGUGUGACUGUGUUUGAAUUUAGAAGAGGAAGAGAAGAUUUAGAAGAACUCCAGAAAGUUGCGGUUUUGCUGAUAAAGAUUGAAUCUUUAGAGUUUGGUGUUGCAUAAAUGGCUUCUGGCACAACGGUUGGUGGUGGUAGUGAAGAGAAUGAAGGUUCUAAAGAUAAGCAGAAGUGGGGAGAACCUGCCUUUGGUGCAGUAUCUGGUGAUUCGUCGAGUCAGAAUCGAGUGUUUGCUGGGAAUUUGACGGGUAGAGGAGGGUUUCUGAGUCCUGAGACAAAGGUGACAAUCAGUUUGUCAAAGAAAUCAAAGGGGGAGGCACGGAACCUGAAGAGAAGGCUGCAGAGUGAGUUGGAUGAGAUCCGGAGUUUGGUACAAAAAAUAGAAGGGAUAGAAGGCAGAAAAACUGGUAAUGCAGGUCGCUAUGUUGACAAUGGUGGUAAGUUGAAACGUGGUCAGUCAGAUAAAGACAAACGGAUGCCUAAGGCAAACAAAUACUAUAAGAACGCAGAUUUUGUGCUUGCAAAGGAUAAGUUUCCGCCAGCGGAAAGCAACAAGAAGUCAAAACCAAAUGCUGGUAAGAAGGGUGGAGGGAAUGAAUUAGGACAUGGGUCUGGUUUUGUAAAAUUUUCAAGCCAGAUGUUGAAGAGCUGUAGUUCAGUACUUGAUAGAUUGAUGAAGCACAAACACGGGUGGGUGUUCAACAAACCUGUUGAUGCUGUUGCUCUUGGUUUGCAUGAUUACUUUGACGUUAUCAAAAGUCCAAUGGAUCUGGGUACUGUUAAAUCUCGGCUAAGCAAAAAUUGGUACAAAUCUCCCAAAGACUUUGCGGAAGAUGUUAGACUUACAUUUCACAAUGCUAUGACGUAUAAUCCUAAAGGGCAAGAUGUUUAUUUGAUGGCAGAGGAGCUAUCCCAGAUAUUCGAGGACAAAUGGGCUGCUAUAGAAACUGAUUAUAUGCGGGAGAUGCUUCGGAAGGAUAAUGAAGCUGGAUUACCCACUCCUAAAUCCAAGAAGGCUACUACAAAGCAGAUGCCACCUUCAGAUAUUAGCGCUAUAGGAAGGUCGGAAUCAACCACCCAUCUCAGUGACUCCAAAACUAAACCCAUGAGUUCAGGUCAUUCAGCCAGGGUGGCUACCACUAAGAAGCCAAAGGCAAAAGACCCCGAUAAAAGGGAUAUGACAUAUGAUGAAAAGCAAAAACUUAGCAAAAAUCUGCAGAGCUUACCUUCUGAAAAGCUUGAAAAUGUUGUCCAGAUUAUCAGAAAGAGGAAUCCUUCUUUGUGCCAAAAUGAUGAUGAAAUUGAAGUAGACAUUGAUAGCGUAGAUACUGAAACUCUUUGGGAGCUGGAUCGGUUUGUGACCAAUUAUAAGAAGAGCGUAAGCAAGAACAAAAGAAAAGCUGACCUUGCCAAUCAAUCAAAGCAAGAAUCUGUGCAGAAUGUUCAAGAAAAGGCACUUUCCCCAGUUGCAUUAGAAAGUCAAAAGGCGAGUCAGAUAGGUGAGGACAUUUCUUCAUCUUAUGCAGAGGUAAAACACAGGGCUGGUCAUGGAAGUGGAUCAAGUAAAUCUAGUGGUUCGAAUGCCAACUCAGGUUCUUUUUCAGGCAGUGUUGUUCUUUUUACAUUUUUUUAAGCAUGCGCUGACAAAGCCUUAUUCUAUUUUUGUCUUGUAUGUACAGGUUCGGACAGCGGAAGUUCCUCAGAUGAUGGAUCUGAUGCAUGACAGUUGAUUAGGAAUCCAGGUAGGAUAGGUUUACUCUCCUGAUUGUCAUUAUUGCUAUCAACUAAUAAUAUACUUUCUGUUCAUGCCUUUGAUUUGAAGUCACUAUAUAGAUUUCCUUAACUGCUGGACUUGUUCAUUGUCAUUUAUUUUGUUGUUCAUGAUAUUUAUAUUUUUUUAUUUCAUAUCUCUUUGGAUGUGCAUAUACUUGUGAGGAUUUAUUUGCUGUCUGGAGAACUGACUUUUUCCUUCUUAAGAGAAAUAUUAAUUUGUAAAGCUUUUCAUGUCUGCAGUUAUGACUUGCUAGUAUCUAAACCGCCCAAUCUGUCAAUUAGUUAUCUAAAGCUUUUCAUGUCUUGCUAUUCUUGUCUCUCAAGAUUUGUCUGCUUGUGCAUGUUUUCUAACUUCAACGUAGAAUGCAUUUUUUAACCUUCUUCGAAGUGGAAAUUUCUCUUCGAAACAGUUUAGAAAGCCUGCAGUUUUCUAUCAUAUCCUUGAGUCUAUCGUCACAACUCAGUGGAGAAAUUGGUAGGUGAUCAUUACCAUUCUGUGUGAAAAUAAAUUCCACGUCUGACAUAUGGACUUAAGAUCACGCUUAUUUACUAACAUGUCACAUGUAGAGCCUAUCAUAUCAAAUAUUUUCCUCUCUUUAUUUCUUCUCGAGACUUUCAGCCGUUUCUCCUUUCUCUGUGUACUUACCGCAAUCUCUCAGAGCUUUGAGUUGGUGACAUGCUCCCCCUUUUUUAUUUGUAACUUUUUAAUAUAAUAUAUGCCUGCUCCUAUUGUUCUUUUUUAUAGGGAUGAGUGUUGUCUGAUCACCGUGCUUCUUACAUUUCAGAUUCCACGCAUUUGAAUAAUGGUAUGUGCCUCUUAAAUUGCUUUGGUGGAAGUUUGGCUGCUUGAUAGUGUUGAACCGGUGGUGGUUCCUCCGUA